CUAUGGAGAAAAGAGAGCUGCCUACUAGGCAUAACUUUCUAACAGAAUCAAUAAAAAACUUACUUGAACCAAAAACCACACAUACUGAACCACUUAUCAAUGGCAAGUCUAUCAUCACAGUCACUUCAAAUAACAAAACAUUAAAAAAAUAUCACUACCACGCACCAUCUGUCCCAGAUCAGCCUUGUCUGAUUGAACACACACCUCAAGUGAGACUAAUAGAGCCGAUCGCACGAAAGAAGCAACUCAAUAAUGAAGUGAUACCAGACGAAUACUAUCUAAAAAGGCACCGAAAACACGAAAUGGACGAAAAAAAGCAAAAGAACCGAGAAAAAGAACGACUAAAACACGGCUACUAUCAACAAAAGCAGCUGGUGGAACGUAUCAAGACGUUGGACAAGAGUUUGUUGCAGUCAAUUGUGUCUUCGAUUCGACAUCGUACACAUCAAAAAGAAAAUAUGCUAGAAGAAGAACUAGACGAGCUACAUCAUCGAUUGUUGGUAGAGGCCCUGGAGCACCUAAGACGGUAUGAAGUCUUGGGAUUAUGUAAUCAAAAAGACGCACAGAUAGAAGACACCCUUAUUCAUAAACCAUUAGAGACAAAAAAGACACAUUCAAUCAAAUCAUUUUCAAAUCAUACAGAUACAGGCUCAAGGCGUUCUACGCGCCGUAUUUUGGCUUUUGGACAGAAACUGCCUGAUUUUGAACCACAAGAGUUUCAUUUACCAGAUGACAUUUUACAAAAGAAAUAAACAUCACUUUAUUAAGACAAAAGAGGUGUCGUUUCUCCCAUCACAUUGGAUUUAACACUUGAAAAGACACCAUUAAAGACAAAGACGCCAAAUACAAGUACAGAGAAACC